CGAUAAAGCGCACUUAGGUGACGACAACACACUGGAGUGCCACGAGUCGCCAGGAUACAUCAGUAGUGCAAGUGUGGUCAAGUGGGGAGGUUGCUGCGUGUCCCAGUCACUCUCCCAUCAUGGCUGACUCUGAGUUCGUGUACGACCCGGAGUCCUGGAGUGUGACCCCGGCCAUGAAGGCGGCCUAUGUCAAGAACGGCUACGUCCUCGUCAGAAAGAUGCUGAAUGAGGCGGAGGUGAGGAAGGUGAGGCAGGCCGUGGAGAACAAUGAGGAAAUACAAGCUCGCUCCUACAGCCGGGACGACGGCUCCAGUCGUCGGAGUCGUGUGUCGCUGUGGAACCAUCCGGGCGACGACACCACGGGCCGCCUAGCCAGGAUGACCCGCGUCGCUGGCACCAUGGAGCAGCUGAUGGGGGGAGACGAGGUGUAUCACUACCACAGUAAACUGAUGAUGAAGGACGCCCACACCGGCGGCCGCCACGUCUGGCACCAGGACUAUGGCUACUGGUACAACAACGGGUGCUUGUACCCUGACAUGGGGUCCGUGUUCAUUCCCGUGGACGACUGUACCAGGGAGAAUAGCUGUCUACAAGUGCUGAAAGGUUCACACCAUCUAGGACGUGUUGACCAUAUCAAGGUGGGCGAGCAACUGGGAGCUGACCUGGAGAGAGUGGAGCAGGCGCAGAAGCAGCUGGAUCACAUCUACGUGGAGAUGAAGGCCGGGGACAUCCUGUUCUUCCACUGUAACCUUUUCCACACCUCCGAUCAGAACUCGUCUGAUCGGCGUCGUUGGGUGUUCAUCGUCGCCUUCAACAAGCGGGCCAACAAUCCCUACAAGGUGCACCACCACCCACAGUAUACACCUAUGACAAAGGUCCCUGACUCAGCCCUCCUUGAGAGCAGCGACGGGGAGUUCCUGGACGGGAAAUGGUUCAUCAAACUAGAUGAUGAUACCUCUAUUAAAGACCGAGACCAUUAGUGAGGUCCCGCGCCGACCCGCGCUUCCAGGUGAGAGAGAUCUUGCCUUACAAAGAGAAACUAUUCGUCUUUGAAAGUGGUUAAUACAUCUCUGAACUGCCGGCUGCGAGUUCAUUUGGCUGGCGUUCGUCUUAGUGUUACGCAAUGUGUUUCAAUUCAAGGGCUUUGUCUUGAGACGAAAGGUGGGCCAGAAUUCGUCUUGAGGGAUCAUACUAAAUCCACAGUGUGCACAGAUGGUUAACUGCAUUUGCUUGUUCUUCUUUUUCCUUGUAGACACGUUAAUCUGUGGUGUCACUCACUCACAUGCACCUCAAGGUUUGUUAGAUUUAGUUUAUAAUACAUCUAUUGGGUGUUGACCGUGAGACUUUAGUGAUUACAAAUAAACAAGUAUGAU